ACAUCAACUCGGCGCUCAAAUACUUUGAAACUAUUCGCUCUAAUUUAGACGAGAGUUCUUAUAUAGUAUUUCUACUUUGAAGAAAAAAACUAUUGCAAAGGAAAAAAUUACAAUUAUUUGAAAUGUCACUCAGCAACAGGCUACCCAGAUAAUAAUAACUCCAAAAAACAUGAGAGCCUACACGUGUUCGAACGCUGAAUGCAUUAAAUUUAACUAUUCAAGGUCGUUGGGACGAAAGAGCGCAAAAAUUCAUAGGCAUAUUAUCUUACUUCUGUGCAACGUCCAAUUCCAAACACUAAAUAUUGAGUAUGACUGACUUCACUGUUGGCUCAACCGGUAGUCUCUGUGAAACACCGAUUCAAUGGCCAAUGACUAAGGCCUCUUAUGAAUUCGGGAAGUCUAUUGGUCAGGGUGCUACUUCUACAGUGUUUGAAGCUCUUUGUCCCUCAAAUGGAAAGAAAUGUGCGAUCAAAAUAAUCAACCUUGAGAAAUGCAGCACAUCUGCGUCGUUAGAAGAAAUAAACAGAGAAAUAAAAUCCAUGAAAAAUAUGAAAAACGAGAAUAUAGUAGCAUACUAUGCUUCUUUCGUUGCCCAGACAGAACUUUGCAUCAUCAUGGACCUAUGCCAAAGAGGAUCAUUGUUGGAUGUUAUCAAGUAUACACAAAAUAAACGAGAUAUCACUUAUGGUGUAUUCGAUGAAAAUACAAUUGCUACCAUUCUACGUGAUGUCCUACGUGGAUUGGCGUAUAUUCAUGAAAAUGGUUUAGUUCAUCGAGAUUUAAAAUGUGGUAAUUUAUUAGUCAAAGAUGAUGGAAUAAUUCAAAUAGCAGAUUUUGGAGUUGCUGGAUUUUUAGCUACUCAACCACUUACUGCAACUGGUAGUGUUGAUCUAAGACGGUAUACAUUUGUUGGUACACCUUGUUGGAUGGCUCCAGAAGUUAUGCAACAAGCUCGUGGUUAUAAUCAAAAAGCAGAUAUAUGGUCAUUAGGUAUUACAACUAUUGAAAUGGCAACUGGUCAAGCUCCUUAUGCAAAAUUCGCACCAAUGAAGGUACUAAUGCUUACAUUACAAAAUGAUUCACCGGAUAUUGAUAGUGUUGCAACUGUUAACAAUCAAUAUUUAAAUUAUGGACAUAAAUUUCGUAAAUUCACCAAAGCUUGCCUUAUGAAAGAUCCAGGUCAACGUUUAUCCGCUCGUGAAUUACUUAGCCAUACUUAUAUCAAAUCGAAAGCGAAGGAUCGAGAAUUACUUUGUCGAGUUCUUCUUGGCGGUGAGAUGCCACCUCCUAUUACCCGUGUCAAUAAACACCCAGAUGAUCGAUCAGAAAAGCGUGAUCCUAAAAAUAACAGUACAGAAUGGAAUUUCGAUACCGUAGGACGUGUAUCUAAUAGUGGUAUUGAUAGUGAUGAUGAUAGUGAUGAGAAUGACUAUAAGAUUACUUCAUAUACUGAUCGUUCUGGCAGUGUACUACAGCCCUGUAAUUCAUCGAGUGGAUUUGAUUUUCCAUCAGAAUUAUUAACUCAAACAAAUACAGCUGCUGUAAUUGGUUCAUCUGCGUCUAAUCAAGUAAAUAAUGCACUUGCAACGGGGGCAGCGGCUACAACAGCGGUACCAACAACACUACCAGUUGUUGAUGAAACUGUUGGUGGUAUUAGUCCACGAACUAAUAUACCACAUUUAGAUAGAACAGAUAACUAUAAUAUUGCGGUGUCUGGGUCAUCAUCGUCGUCGUUUCCACCUGCUCCAGCGUGUACACCUGCCUCUCCGGAGACAUCGAAUUCGAUUAGUGCUAUGGCAGCGGCGUUCUCAAGCACUUUGACAACUGAGGAUCCUGAUAAUCAACAACAACAGUCUCAAACAAAUGAUCCUUCAUGUGGCAGUGGUUUAUGCUAUCGAAUAACAUUACGUAAACGUAAUCCAAAACAGAAUAAUGAACUUCAAGAUAUCAGUUUUAAUUAUGUUCCAGGAGAAGAUUCAGCUGAUGUUUUAGCACGUGAACUAGUUCAAGCCGAUUUACUAGAUGGUUGUGAUUCAUUAUUGGUUGCACAUCACAUGAGUGAAUUGGUCAGUAAUCCAAGUGAACGUGAACGUGUUUUACCAUUGGUAAGUUGUUGGUUUUCUUAUUUUUCAAAACAAAUAAAUAGUUUCCCUGGAUUCCACUGCUAAUUACUACCCAUCUUUGCUUAUAAUAGUGGUCAUAGGUUUGAUUUUGUUGUAUAUCUUCAAAAAGAAAAGAUUAUGUUAGUCCAUGUCUGAUUGGGCAGUUUCUAAUUCAUCAGGUUGUAUUAUGUAGUCCGAUUGUUGAUUUAUACACCAGUGACUGUAAAUAACAAUCAAAGAAGUCUAUGCUUAUUGGCAUUCACAAACACCUUACAAUUAAAAGAUGAAGUUAACAUGUAAAUUUAUUCUCUAUUUGUACUCUAUUCAUUCAUAUUUCAAAACUCAUACAGUAGUGUGCCUCAAAUACACAAGUCAGUCAUAAGUCUUACAACAACGGAGCAGUGAUGAAUUAAAUAAUUAUUAUCAGAAAGAGGUCUUAUAGAGACUAUCUAUUAUAGACUAUCUAUUAUAGAGACUAUCUAUAGAGACUAAUCUAAUGGUUGAAUUUAUGAGUCAACUAAAGCUAGACCACCAUGGAAAAGCUGAAAGCACUGGACGACUGUUUCACCCUAGUAUGGGACUCCUCAGUAGUGCGACUUCACGAUCCCGCCCGCGGGAUUCGAAACCAGGACCUUCGGUCUCACACGUAAACGCUUAACCUCUAGAUCGCUGAUAAUUAGUCGGGAACAGUAAGACACAUGGCAAUGGCUCAUGGGUCAAAUGAAGUAUCUAUUGAUAAUAAGAUAAAAAUAUAAACAAUAAAUUUCAUGACUUUCUCAAAUCCUCUUCGAUAUAACUACUUGAUUAUGUGUGUUUUACUACUACUCUUGGAUAAUUAUCAGUAUAUUGUAUAUAAGGGUAGAUUUCCUUGGUGCUAGAUAAUUAAAUGAGUUGGACUGAGUAGUAGAUCAAUAGAAUAUGAUACUUGAUCACAAGGUGCAUUCACUCAUGAAUAUUCGACAACCGAUUAAGAGCCAGAUAUGAGCCACAGUAAUAAUAUAUUAUCGCGCAAUACAAGACAUUGAGCAAAUGAGGUCAAAGUAAAGCGAAAAUGAAAUCGACUUUACAUAUAAGUUAAUUUCUUAUUAUUCUAUGUGACCAGUUAUAUCUAUCUCCGCUCGUCAGCCAGUCACAACUUACUCUAACCGACCUAUCACGUGCCCACAAUCUUGAGGGCAUUAAUAUUAUUGAAAUCCGUAUAACCGAUCCUCACAGUCUGAGAUCUUACCACUGAGCUUUUUGAGCCACGACUGAUUUGUAAAAGGACUGAAAUAUUGCCUACCAAAUAUCUCCAGUCAUCUAGCAUAAAUAUAACGUUUAGCCACUUAGAUCAGUAGCCACAUUGCAACUUGACCAUUAAAAUUAGAUCAUCACCAAAAAGGAUUAUACAAAAAUGACAUUAGUCCGUACUCAAUAAUAAAUCAAUUGAGCCUUUAGCAGUAUGACUCAUUAAAUAAUUACAGGUUUGUGUUAUAACGGGUAGUGUCCGAAAUCUGAUACUGAUACAAGACGUGCUACGCGCUAACCCUUCAAUCGAUUAGUUGAAUGAGAACACAACAGUGAAGAGAAAGUAUAUCAGGGGCAUGGAAUAAAAUACACAAAUAUAUAUAUAUAUAUAUUGGGAAAUCAAUCCAUCUCUUAGCCAAUGAUAUGCACUUGUCCUUCAGUUCAUUUCUGAUGAACAUUCUCAUUUGGCCUCUUCCGAUAGGCUUAUCAUGUUGGUUUGUAUACUCGACAUUAAACCACACGUUUUGUAAAUUUGUGGCUAACUAUAUUACCUAUGUGUAGCUUCCAAAAAUCUUAAUUGGUUGUAGACUGUCAUCGAAAGACUAGGUAGUUGGAAAUUGCUAAUAAGGUAUAUUUUCGAUCUUGAUGGAAUUGAUGCUCUUGACAGGAUUUGAGCCUACAUCACCUAGUACCAAUUUCAGAUACGUUACUCUUAAAGUAUUCUAAGUGGUAGAUUCAUAUAAAAUGAAACUCUUGUGUUAUGGAUUUGUUUGUGUGGUUUAGUAAGUAGUAUUCACUCUUACUUACGUACGUACGCCUGUUACCCCUCGUGGAGGAGCAUAGGCCGCACACCAGCAUUCUCCAUCCGAUCCUGUCCUGGACAAUCCUUUCCAG